ACAGAGAUAUCGUAGCGGUCAGAAUGAAAGUAAUCUUGCCCAUACUCCAACAUUCCAAUUCCAGAUAAAUUUCAACACCCAACUUGGAAUCGAUCCUAGCCUGACUUGGAAAAACGCCACCGCACUCAGCGAGCAGGUUCAUAACCUUAUCAAUGUGGGCGUCGACAGUUUUGUUAAGGUCUGCAGUGCUCGACAACAGUAUGCUCAAAAACUUGGGGCCACGUAUCCGUUCUGUGUGAAUCGUUUUUAUCUGUUGAAUCGCGAUGCCACUCCCUUCGACGAUGCCGUCACCUACGUGCACACCUACAAACACCUUGAAUUUCUCUGCAGCACUGGAUUCGACGUGUUUCAGUUUAACCUCCCGUGUAUUGUCAAUGCCGAACAAGAAGGUGGAACCCUCUACCAAGCCUGCUUCUACAAAUUCCAACAAAUUGUCAAACAGAACCCGUACCGAUAUUGCGAAGCCAGUGAGACGUUCGUGCUGUGCGUAAGGGACUUCUUCACUGAGUACUGUGGAGCGCAGAGUGGAUGGGUGCAAUGUGAAAAGGAACGUCUUGGAUUCGCCUACGAUUGCCCGGGCCUUGCCUGUUGA